AUGUCACUAUGCAUUGAAUUUUGCUUUGCUUCGGACUUUUACGUAAGGUAUUAUGUCGGACACAAAGGAAAGUUCGGUCACGAAUUUUUGGAAUUUGAAUUCCGACCAAAUGGCCAGCUGCGAUACGCUAACAAUUCGAAUUACAAGAAUGAUACAAUUAUUCGGAAGGAGGCGUUUAUAUCGCCGGCAGUCCUGCAGGAGUUGAAGAGAAUUGUCGAGGAUUCAGAAAUAAUGCAGGAGGAUGAUGCUAAUUGGCCGGAACCGGAUAAAGUAGGACGACAGGAGCUUGAGAUUUUGAUGAAUAACGAGCACAUUUCCUUCACGACGGGAAAAAUCGGCUCAUUGGCAGACGUUAACAAUAGCAAGGAUCCUGAUGGACUUCGUUCAUUCUACUAUCUGGUCCAGGAUCUCAAAUGUCUUGUGUUCUCCCUAAUUGGACUCCAUUUCAAGAUCAAGCCCAUCUAA